GGUUUUUCAUAUCUUUAUUCAUGUUUUUUUUCUGUUGAAGGAUUAUGUCACUAUUAGGUAAGGAAGGCUAAAACUAUAUAAAAGAUCUCUAUGUUGUGUUUCUUUUUAACUAGAUACUUUUCACAUAAAGUCGUAUCUCUAAAAUGGGUUCUAAUAUACCACUUUAUCCUGCCUCUCACCUAGUUAAGAUACAGCUCAAAGCUAGAAGCUUUGAGCACAGAUUUGGGGUCCUAGUCCUAGAGAAGUUGGUAAAGUUUUCUCUGAAAAGUAUCUUGGUCUUAAUAACUACUUAUUCAUUUGAUAGUUAUUCAGUAUCUACCAUGUACAAGACUGUCUGGCAGGCAGCAUGGAUGAAACAAAGAAGAUAUGAAAUGUAUCUCCCUAUUAUAAACCUACACAUUAACAGGGACAGGACAUAUACUGAAAUAACUGUAACACAAAUCUGCAGUUUUCAAAUGGUAUAUUAAAGAAAUGUAAAUAUGAUAGGCUGCUUUCAUAUUUAUAGUUGGGAGAUUGACAAAUUUCUAUCCCGGUAAAGUAAUCCAUUUGCACUCAAGUCAACUGACCAGAAUUUGUGCUAUGUGAAAGGAGAAGAGGGAGAGUAAGAAGGAAUAUCCUUAAGGAUAGAGCCUGUUAGCUGGAGGGUUGAGAUAUGUGAGAUAAUACUGUACACAUAAAUAAUGCUUCAUAUGUUCUACAUUAUUUCACUGGAAUCUUACAACAAUCUUGUCAAGUAGGUUGAGUUGAUAAUACCUGCAUUUUCCAUGUUUAAAAACUGAAGCUUAAAGAGGCUUAAUUGCUUCCUAAGUUUAGGAAGUUAGUACAUGCCAGGCAGAAGAUUUUGGACCUCGAAGACUGGUAUUCUGGAAUAACUCAGUCAGACAAAAUAAAGAAAAAAGAAUAAAAGAAAUGAACAGAGUCUCUGAGGAAUAUGGGAUUAUGUAAAGCAACUAAACUUACCAAUUAAUGACAUUCCUGAGGAGGUGGAAAAGUAAACAACCUGAAAAACAUAUUUGAGGGAAUAACUCAAGAGCAUUUCCCUAAUCUUGCUAGAAAGGUGGACAUCCAGAUACAAGAAAUCUGAGAACAGCUGUGAGAUACUAUACAAAACGAACAUCACCAGGCAUACAGUCACCAGGGUGUCCAAGGUCAACACUAAAAAAUUCUUAAAGGCAGCUAGAGAAAAAGGUCAGAUCACAUAAGGGAACCCCAUUAUAAAGUAAACUUCUCAGAAGAAACUCUAUAAGCCAGAAGGGAUUGGGGCCUGUUUUCAGCAUUCUUAAAGAAAUUCCAACCAAGAAUUUCAUAUCCUGCCAAACUAAGCUUCAUAAGUGAAAGAGAAAUAAAAUCUUUUUCCAGACAAGCAAGUGCUAAGGAAAUUUGUUACCACUUGACCAGCCUUAGGAGAGAUUCUUAAGGGAGUUCUAAACAUGGAAACAAAAAAAUAAUACCUGCUACCACAAAAACACACUUAACAUAGCCCACAGAACCUAUAAAGCAACCAUACAGUAGAACUACGAAGCAACCGUUCAUGAUACAUGAUAGGACCUUCAUGAUAGGACCAACAACUUCAUGAUAGGACCAAAACCUCACAUAUCAAUAUUAACCUUGAAUGUAAAUGGUCUAAACACCCCACUUAAAAGACACAGAGUUGCAAGGUAGAUUAAAAAAAAAAAGACUCAUUUGUCUGGUCUCUUCAAGAGACCCAUCUCACAUGCAAUGACACUCAGGUGCAAAGUAAAGGGCUGGAGAAAGAUUUAUCAUGAAAACAAACAAAAAAGAACAGGGGUCACUAUUACUGUAUCAGAUAAAACAGACUUUAACAACAGUAAAAAUGGAAACAAAAGGUCAUUACCUAAUGAUAGAGGGUUCAAUUUAACAAGAAGACAUAACUAUCCUACAUAUAUAUGCACCCAACAUUGGAGCACCCAGAUUCAUAAAACAAGGUUUUACUGGCCUACAAAAAGACUUAGCCACAUAGUAAUAGUAGGGGACUUCAAUACCCCACUGACAGUGUUAGAUCACUGAGGCAAAAAACUAACAAACUCUGGACUUAAGUUUGACACUUGGCCAAUUGGAUCUAAUAGACAUCUACAGAAUACUCCACCCAUCAACCAUAGACUAUACAUUAUUUUUAUCUGCACACAGAACAUACCCUAGGAUCGACCACAUGCCUGGCCAUAAAGCAGGUUUCAAUAAAUUAAAAAAUCAAAAUAGGCCGGGUGUGGUGGUUCACGCCUGCAAUCCCAGGACUUUGGGAGGCCAAGGCAGGCGGAUCACGAGGUCAGGAGAUCAAGACCAUCCUGGCUAACACGGUGAAACCCCAUCUCUACUAAAAAUACAAAAAAAUUAGCCAGACGUGGUGGUGGGCGCCUGUAGUCCCAGCUAAUUGGGAGGCUGAGGCAGGAGAAUGGCGUGAAUCCAGGAGGCCAAGCUUGCAGUGAGCCAAGAUCGCGCCACUGCACUUCAGCCUGGGCAACAAAGUGAGACUCUGUCUCAAAAAAAAAAAAAAAAUAGUAACCAUACUCUUGGACCACAGUGGAAUAAAAAUGGAAAUCAAUACCAAGAAGAUCUCUCAAAACCAUACAAUUACAUGGGAAUUAAACAACUUUAUUGUGAAUGACUUUUGCGUAAAGAAAUGAAGUUAAAGCAGAAAUAAAAAAAUUAUUUGAAAUAAAUGAAAACAGAGAUACAACAUGCCAAAAUCUCCAGGAUGCAGCAUCUAUGACAAACCCACAGCCAUCAUACUGAAUGGGGAAAAGAUGGACGCAUCCCCCUUGAGAACCAGAACAAAACAAGAUGUCCACUCUCACCACUCCUAUUCAACACAGUACCAGAAAUCCUAGCCACAGCAAUCAGGCAGGGGGCAAAAAAAGGCAUCCAAAUCGGAAAAGAAGUCAAAGUAUCUCUCUCUGCUGCUGCUAUGAUUCUAUACCUAGAGAACCCAGAAGACUGCCAAACUCUCUUCCCGUCAUCUUGGCUCCUGUGGAGGCCUGCUGGGGACAGGAUUUCUAAAAGGAACUAUGUCUGGAAGGCUGUGGUCCAAGGCCAUUUUUGCUGGCUAUAAGCGGGGUCUCCGGAACCAAAGGGAGCACACAGCUCUUCUUAAGAUUGAAGGUGUUUACGCCCGAGAUGAAACAGAAUUCUAUUUGGGCAAGAGAUGCGCUUAUGUAUACAAAGCAAAGAACAACACAGUGACUCCUGGUGGCAAACCGAACAAAACCAGAGUCAUCUGGGGAAAGGUAACUCGGGCCCAUGGAAACAGUGGCGUGGUUCGUGCCAAAUUCCGAAGCAAUCUUCCUGCAAAGGCCAUUGGACAGAGAAUCCGAGUGAUGCUGUACCCCUCAAGGAUUUAAACUAACGAAAAAUCAAUAAAUAAACGUGGAUUUGUGCUCUUGUA